UGGUGUUUCAAAUUUUCAAAUUUCAAGGUCUUUCCGAAUCUACUUGCAAUGCGUUGAUCAAACCUAAUUAUAGAUACCAGAGUUUGAUUAUUUUUUAGUCGUCUCUGACACCGGAGAACUGUUAUCAAGCUGCGCCCUCAGGCCCAUCUGCCACUGUGCCAUUGCAGCCUGCGCCCAUGACGUCAACCCUGUAGAUCAUGAAGCCAGACCUGCAACACGAAUGCUGUCCCCGAUGUCUACGCCCCCAUCUUGAUGUGCCUAGCUCAUUUGAGAGAUAAGAAGAUGGUAUAUUCGGCUAGUGAUAUCGCAGCGUCCACGAGUCUGCAGUUCCUAGCGUAUCGAUGCGCGGCAAUGGCGACAUUCUGGACCUAUGAUUAUGCUUGUUCAUUUGAGGAAGAGUGGAAAUUUCUGCGUCGGUCGCGUUGGAACAAGGUAAAAGGUCUUUAUACUAUUGCACGAUAUGUACCCUUUUGUCUCAUCACCACCGACCUAUAUCUGAACUUUGCCCCGAACGAGAACCCCGAUAAAUGCCGAAAGUUAAUCAACAUUUACUCAUGUUUCAGCCUGAUAUCAAUUAUCUCCUCUGAAUGUAUUUUUGUGUUCAGAACAUAUGCGCUCUGGAACAACAAUAGAUUCGUUCUCGCAGCCAUGGUGUCCGCCUCUGUUGCAACUAUCAUAGCAUCUAUCAGCAUUGAAUUUACCACGAUCACCACCUCAUAUGUUCUUAUUAGCACGAUCCCCGGAAUCACAGGCUGCUACCGGAGCUCGAGCGGUGUUCCAUUCUUCAUGCCGUUUCUUCUCUUGUUUGUGUUUGAACUGGGACUGGUCUCCCUCACACUUAUACGUACCAUACAGAGCUGGCGGUCGGAUAACGGCCCUCUGUACACUGUCCUGGUGAAGCAUAACAUAUUCUACUAUGCAUGUGGUCUGCUUUUAUCGGCCGUAAACAUCCUCAUGCCAGUGCUAUUUUCCGAUUAUGCAUACCACUCCUUCUUCGAAGAUGUGCAGUUCUUUCUCCUUGCGAUCCUUGCCACGCGGAUGCACCUCCAUCUCUGGCAUAUCGAUCGGAAUGUGCACGGUUCUGACGCCCUUGUGUAUGUGUCCGACAUAUUACUCCUAGACCAUGCGGUAUGACAUCGCAUCGCAUGGCUGUUGCGGCGUCGUUCGUGGAGUGGCUUGGAUGCGUACCCUUCCGUUUUGAAUCCUCAUGCGGCAGAGCCAACGCUAUACAACUGUUUGUAGAUAUUCAC